AUGUCUGCCUUUCUCGACGACAUGGACGAAGCGACGCUGCAGCUGAUUGUCCAGAUGCAACAGGAAGACAUCAGAGAACUGCAGGACCAAAGCAAGGGCAAAGCUAAAGAAGCCGAUCGGUCUGACGCAGACGUGGCUUUCGACACGUAUCAAGCCGAGCUUGUGUCCUUCCGGACCUUCGCCGCGGACCGCGCCUUGAGUAGACGUAUCGCUCGCCAGGAAGGCACCUACCCAAGAGUUACAACCAUCACAGCUCCGGCAGAGCAGCAAGCUGUACCGGACGCAAGCAACCCAAUUACUUCGCAGCCAGCUGAGAGCUACAGUGCCGAGGAGAUCGUUACGGAGGAGAUCGUUGCGGAGGAGAUCCUCGCCGCAGAUGCUGUCCAUACAGUCUGCAACACCGACAUUUCCGACGAUGAUUCUAUCGUUGACAUGCCCGAGUCCUCCUCCUGGGCGCACAAGGUCAAGAAGUCCAGAUCGGCCAGAGACCCGGUCCUGCAUUUCCUGCACCAAGGACUAUGA